UAGGGCCCACCUCCCACUAGGCCCCGUUUGGUUGCGCACAGGCUGCAGUUUCAGUUUGUUUUAUUCACCAUUUUGUGACGCUGUAGGUGAAAAAAGAAUAUUUGCGUUUGGCGGCGAAGGCACCAGCACGCGGUUCUUUUUCAGCCGUUUGCUCGGACAGGGGAGUUGUGCGUGGCGCUUGCUCCCUCGGCGGGAAUCUGCGUGUCUUGGCCGUGCUUUUUUUCUUGGCUGCCCUUUCUUCCAUCCUGAACCGCUCCAGCACAUCCCCGCACCAUGGCCCGACCAGUCCGGAAUAGAAAAGUGGUGAACUACUCACAGUUCAACGAGUCUGACGCAGACGAGGAGUAUGGUGAAGACAAGCCGAAGAAAGUGCGAGCAGCCCCUCGUGAGCCCAAGCACAAGCGCUCGAAGAACUCGCAGGAGGACAGUGAAGACAGCGAUGGCAAGCUCUCAAAGUCCAAAAAUGAUUCAGCAGAUGACUUUGGCAGUGAGGAGGAGGAGGAGGACAAUGACUUUGGAGAGGAGGAAGAAGAAGAUGAAGAUGGAGGAAGUGACUAUGAAGAGAAGAAAGGAAAGAAGAUGAAGAAGGCCAAGAUAGAGAAGCCCAGCAAGAAAACUCCCAAGAGGAAACGAGCUGCAGAUGACAGUGAUGACGACAGGGAUGUGAGUCGGAAGCGUACAGUGCGUCAGGCAGCCACCAAGGCUGUGUCCAAACAGAGGGAGAUUCUGCUGGGAGACGGUGGUAGUGAGGAUGAAGAACAUGAAGAUCCCGAGGAAGCUUACCUGGAUCCUGACGAGUCUGGCAGCGACGAGGACUUCAUGGUGGAGGACGAUGAUGACAGCGAUUAUGGUCGCUCCAAGAAGAAGAACAAAAAGGUGAUCCGUCGGGGGCGGCCUGAGAAGAAGGAGAAGAAAUCCCCCAAACCCCGGCUAAAGGCCACAGUGACCCCCAGCCCCAUGAAAGGCAAGGGCAAGGGUCGCCCCAGUGGCAAGGCUGUGGAGAAGAGCUCACCCAAAGAGGAGGAAGAGGAGGAGCCCGAGAGUCCAGUGGAGGAGGAAGAGGAGGAGGCCGAGAAGAAAGAGGCUUCUCCCGACAACAAGACGACAAAAGAGGCCCCAGGAGGAGGAGAAGAGGAGGAGGAGGACGAAGAGGAAGAAGGCUCGGAGGAGGAGGCGCCCUCUGGAGAAGACUAGACCAUGGUACCCCACCCUCCACGUUUCCUCCCAGGUUUUGUUUUGGGUUGUUUUGUUCUUUUGUUUCGCCCAUCCUUUAUUUUAAGGUUCUCUUGGUCUGUGGUGGCCUGGUCUGGCCUGGUGGACUUUUCUCAUUUAGCUCCCCCACAUCUUCAGUCCGGACCCGGUCGGUCCCUCACUGUAGGUCGUGUGAUCGUGCGCAUGCUCAGUUCUGCUCUCCACCGCUGUAGACUUCCGUCCUGGUUUGGCCCCCGGCGCGCGCGUCUCUGUUACAGGAUCUCUUGGUGUCGCGCCGUGUUUGGAGGCCAGUGUGGACGGGGGCCUUUUAAAAAGACAAAUAUCCUUUUAACAGUGGCAAAGUUAGGUCCCUGCAAAGUUGAAGCUCCAUUUUAGAUGUUUUAUUUUCCCCGCGCAGUCCUGAGCUCGUGUUGUGUCGCUGUCCCGCUGCAGACGGAAACCAAGGCAGGUUCAUUUGACACGUCAGACUGGCAACUCAAACUGUGACAAGACAGACAGCUUCUGUGUUUUUGUGUUGACUGUGUUUGGGGUAUCUCCUGUAUGAAGACCUCGGCUUGGUUUCGCUUGUUUCUUCUCUCUUCAGCUGCCUUGCUCUUUUCAAGUCAUUCACAUCAGGAUGUUGCAUCUUCAUCACCACCUGGUACCAGGCGCCACCUAAAUCAGGCUUCUUCUUUUUUUUGUCAAAUGCAAGAAUAGAAUUUUGUUUUUUUCUUUCAAGUCCAAAACAAGAAUGUUCGUUCUCCCGUUUGAUUCAUUGUUCUAAUUCUCUUUCAGAUCUUUUGUAAUGUUUGUUUUUUAAGAAAAGAAAUAAAAUGUAUCUUGAUUUUAAAGAAAAUGUC